UGGUCUGGCGGGAGGAAAUCCGUUUUCUUGUCUGUGGUUGAUUUCUUGCAAAAGACGCACUUCAGGAGGAGCUCAGGCGUGUCAUUGUUACUCUAGUGAUUGGAUGCAUGAGUAUUUCCCGGUGAUUUCUUGGAAUAGUGGAGUUGCAGCUAUGAGCAGAAAUUGUUAUGGAACGAUUUGGCAUUCAAAUCUUCGUUCGCUAGUUGUUCGUGGGUUUUGACCAUCGCCCAACCGCAUCAGAGGGCUCGAGUUGUUUUCUGAUUUUCUGAUCACUGAACACGGACAAGGCGGUGGAAUCCGAAAGCAGAGACUGGUCUUCGCCGUUUCUUGGCCCCCUUUCGCCGGGCACCGGUGCUGUCGGCUCAGGUUCAUUGUGCCUGGCCGACUGAAGACUGAAAAGAGCCAUGGGUCGUCGCGCACACAGCGAAGGUGCGUCGCCCUACCAUCACGGUGGAGAUAACGGAGCAAAUGAGGGACCGACAGGUUUUGUUGCCAUGGCACCGCAGCCAGCUGCAACUGGUGAUCCGUCCGAGGUCAGAGUGUGCGAGUACUGUCAUCAGAAAGGCUUGAGCGGCGACUUCUACUCGGGCACAAAGCGCUUUUGCUCGGUGGGCUGCUGUCACCGCUACUCAGCAUCGCAUCAGCGCAAGCGUGUGCCCAAACCGGCGCGCUCCUCCACUGAACGCUCACGCCGUAAAUCACAACCGGCAUCUCAAGAAGUACAAGCUACAACGAUCAACAAUGGCUUGCUGUACCCGGAGCAGGUGCAGUUCGACUGGCAGGACUACUUGGUGGACUGCGGUGCCAUUGCAGCACCAACGUACUGCUUUGCGCCGAGGGUGUUCCCCGCUGAUACGCCCAGCCGGUUUCUAGCUGGCAUGAAGCUGGAGGUCUCUGGACUGGUGGAUGGCUCUCCCCAAGACUGUCACAUCGUCACGGUUGACAAGCUGUUCGGCCUGCAUCUGAUCAUGCUGAUCGAUGGCUGCGCCGUAGAUCACGAUGCUCUGGUGCGCAUUGUCGACUCGCCGGACAUGCACCCGCUUGGCUGGGCGAAAAGCGUCGGAGCUCGCGUUGUACCGCAUAAAGAUGCGCUUGAGGAAGUGAAGGGUGACUGGGACAAGUACCUAGCACAGCUGCUGGAAACUGCCCAGUCCGUGCCCAGCAGUGCUUUCGUCAUGCCCAGCCUGCAUCCAACUGCUUGUUUCGAACUUGGUGACAAGCUGGAGUUGGAGGUUCCAGCCGUCAAGACUGGAUCCAAGGAAUCAAGCUCACCUGCGAAUGCUGUACAGACCAAAACUACAGCGGAGGCCAGCAACGAAGCACUCAAGACGGAGCCAGCAGAUACCAAUGCACAGAACGCCAACCCUGCGACCACGAAUGAAAUCAAGACGGAGGCUGGAACCGGCGAUUCUGCACAGACGGAUGCUACAGCUGCAAGCAGUGAGGAUAAACCACCGGCGCCUGCUGCUGCCACUACUGCUUCUGACAGCACUGAUGCAGAUACCACAAAGAGCGAUGAAACAGCUGCUGCUCCGGCUAAAACUGAAGAAAAUCCUACCAGUGAAGAAGCUACGGCCAAGGUGGAAAGUGAUGAUACGAAAGCAGCAGCAGCCGAUGAGAGUGUCAAAGCCGAGACAGAGAGUGCCAAAGCCGAGACAGAAAGUGCAGAAGACGCCAAACCGGAUGAUGCUGCAGGUAGUAGCAGUCGUGCUGUUGAGAGUCCCAGCGCUUCUACAUCUACUGCCUCCAGUACUGGGGAAGGUGCUAGUGUAAGUAGACCUAAAACUGAGUCCAUGGUACCGGCUGACAACGUCAAUGAAGGUAUAUCCAAGGAAUCAGUGGAGGCCGUCAACAAAGAAGAGGAGAUGGACCAAACGCCAGCCUCUACGUUCCAUGUCGCCACCAUAGCCAAGGUCAACGCUGACGCUGGAACGAUAGAGGUGGGCUUAGAUGGUUAUGAUGACAAGGACCACGUCACCUUGGAAAUGAUAUCGCCGAUGCUGCAUCCGGUCCGCUAUUGCGAGUGGAAACAGCUGAAGCUGACACCACCUCAAGGUGUUGAUGAGAUUUACUUUGACUGGAGUAGCUAUCUUUCUUUCACUGAGUCCAAGGCUGCAGCUUUUGAGCUGUUCACAAAGACCAACAACAUGUUCCUGCCUGGCAUGAAAAUCGAAGCAAUGGACGUCUACAAUGCACCGCUGGUGUGCGUUGCAACCAUCAGCGAUGUGCGCAACAGCCAGGUGCUGAUCCACUUCGACGGCUGGUCGACCGAGUUUGAUUACUGGGCCGACUACAGCAGUCUGAACAUCUUCCCGAUCGGCUGGUGUAUGCAACAUGAGUACCUGUUGCAGACACCGCCGGAUGAUGACUUGGCAGAACUUAUGGAUGGCAGUACGGAGAGCAAAGAGCCAGUGACUGGCGCUGGAAACAACACUCGCAGCACUAAGAGCAGUAGCGGCCUCAGCAGCCACACGUCUGCACCAAACGGUAUCACUAACCUCGCCACCAAUAGCCAUACCAGCAACGGCGACAAUCCUGCUGAACACAGCCAGCUGUACAUGGUGUCUCCGCCAAAAAGCAGAAAGCGCAAGUCUGACCAAAAGAGUACGUCAUCGUAUGCCAAGAUGUCACGUGACAGCAGCGGCAGUGAGCUGGUCAGCCCAAAGUCUGGACGCGCCGCCUCACACUCGUACUUCUCCAGCGAUAAAUAUGACGGAGCUCCGCGGGCAGUGUUCAAUAUUGCCUGCUCUCAUGGCCCGCACCUGGACAACGCCAGAAUGGACCACCUGCCACGCGAGGUGUGCGGCUCGACCGUAUCCGCAGUUCUGCAGUGCGUUCUGCAACACCUAAUCAACUGUGGAAAGAACUCCAUGGCCAUCUUCCAGGAGGUGAAGAGUGGUCAUAGCAACGCCACAGUGCACUGCACUACCAAGAAUGGCGAGCGCUUCAUCAAGCACAUACAGCACGUCGAUCACCACGUGCAGCUCUGGAACGUCAUCAGCGGCCUCUUGCAGAAGCUGCAGUGCUGCGAGAACUUCAUCCGACCGCGUGGCUCGUCUGGCCGCUGCCCGUUGUGCAUUGGCAAUAUUACGGAUGCACCCAUGGCAGAUGAUCCCAUUCUUCCUCCUCCCAGCCACACCCAGUUCAUGGGAGCAGCGGCAGCGGCAAGCUAUUCGUCUUCACCGGUGCUUGGCGAGUCAAGUGCCAUGCCAUCGCAUGCGCCCAGUCCUAGUACAAUGGCAGCGCCACUUGCCAAGCAGCCGUCUGCAUUCCACAGUGUCAUGACUCCAGCCCAGGCACAGGCGUUGGUAUCGGCUGCUGUGGCGCCAGCACCACUACCACCGCCAGCGGCACUGGCAGCGCCGUCAUCGUCAUCAGCACCCUCCUCCUCUUCGGCGACAACAGUUGCGGCUGCGGUCACCGCUGCCUCUCCCAGCGCCUCGCCGUCAGCGCUAGCAGCGGCCGCAUCGCUCUAUGCAUCCAGUGGUACGGGCGGUCCCGAUAGGAAUCCCAUGACGUGGUCGGUGGCCGAAGUGCAGGACUAUUUGAACUCCACUGAUUGUGCUGAUCAAGCACGUGAACUGUUUGAUCAGGAUAUUGAUGGCAAGGCCCUGAUGCUUCUGACACCGGACACGCUAGUCAAGCUGAUGAGCGUGCGGCUGGGUCCUGCCCUCAAGAUCUGUAACUGCAUAACAGCACUCAAAGCUAAGUGGAAUCUAUAAGCGGCUGCCGGCAUCUGCAAAUGUUACUGGUUUCAAAUUAGUGUUGCGGUCGUGCAUAAGCUUGAUUUGAAUACUAUCGCAUUACAUGACCUUACAGAUUCACUGGAUUUAUGCUUUAUAUCUCGCAGCUUCAAAGUAAUUUAGUCAGUAACUUUGCUGUACCGCUGUUUGUUGCCGGUUGUGGCAUGCUGUUGUCAUUGUGGCGAUUUGUUAGUACGUGUAUGGCGCCUGAAAGCAACUGUUAGCUGCGUCCUUCGAUUAUUUCUGCAUGUACAUGUAUAAUGGCUUGGCAUGUGCACUGCUCCCAUGCCGUGCUACAUGCAGGAUGUGCUACAUGCAGGAUGUGCUACAUGCAGGAUGUGCUACAUGCAGGAUGUGCUACUUGGGGGCCUUGACCUGUGCAUAGUAUACCUAGCACACGCCGAUUCCUUCUGCAGAUCUUUCGCUUACUCAGAACAUCUCCGCCAGCUCUCUCUCUCUCUCUCUCUCUCUCUCUCUCUCUCUCUCUCUCUCUCUCACACACACACACACGCACGCACGCGCGUGCACACACACACACACACACACACACACACGUGUAUGCGUCAAUGUCUACUCGCUCAUCUAGUGAUCUUUUGUUUGUUUUUGAAGAUUGGUUUUUAGUUUUCGCUUGACUCUAGUUGACUCUUGAUUCUUGACUAUAGUAAAUUCUUGACUCUAGUUGAUUGUUGGUACAUGUUUACAUGAUUAGUUUGGAUUUUAAAACCGCUGAUCCAUGUGCUUAGUAGCGUUGUGUUUAUCAGUUAUGUUACUUAUGUAGAUAGUAAUGCAAUGUAGACAGUAACAGUUAAUACAAUAAGUAUGUGUAUGAUAGCUCCUUUCUAUUAGCCUGCCAUAGUUGUGCUCCUGUGCGUUAUGAGUAGCCUUGAUUAAUUAUUUGUUGAUCUAGUUCAUCUUCUCCUGAUCCUUACCUUCUGUCAUUUCUGUCCGCCUUUUCUGCUUCUCGCAACAAUGACCCCUCUUUGUGUGUCAAACAAUAAAGGUCUGUUUCGCAACCGCG